AUGUUAAGAUCCAACAUGAGGAGCGGUGGUAGGGGUCACGUUUGCGCGAUGACCAUAUUUUUUGCAUUGCUCUUUGGAUGUCUUGCAUUGCCUGUGAUAGGCCGCAGCAGCAAGCUACUGAGGGCCGAAGAUACAGUAGGCGCUCUUGCUACCAAGACAAGUGGCAAGAAUAAGGCUUCUACAGUGAACGACUCCUCCACUAUAUCAGGCGAUAAGAGCAAGAUUUAUCUUAUACUGUGCACAUAUCAAUUCUUGUGUCUUCGCAGCAAUUGCUACUGCUGCCAAAAGGCGGGCUGUUUCAGUACGUUCCAAGAAUGCCAGGCCCAUUGCCCAGCCUCAACCCUCGCUGCCCGCUGCCUGGUGGAGCGGGCACCAACUAGCUAG